ACAUGACCUAACAAAACGUAUCCUAGCAACUGGCACCGAAAGUGUGAUUGUAUACAAUUUUUAUAUUAUUUUGUUAAAGCAGCUGGGAUUAUGUUAUUUUAAAGUAAUAGAGUAAAAUGGAUAGUAUAGGAACAUUUCAAAUUCGUUGGAGUCAGGGAUACGAAGGUGGUAACAUACAGUAUAUCAAUAAGGACACGAUUGUUAUAAAAUGUGGAAAUAAUUUAAAGUUUAUAAGGAAUAAUUCUGGCGAAACAUCUGAGGACAUUUACUCUUGUCCAGGAGGUGGAAUAGGAACUUUUGCAGUUCACAGCCUCAAUAAAGUUUUUGCUGUUUCGAAAUCAUCUAUUAAACCAUCAAUUCUGAUAGUGAAUUAUCCAGAUUUGCAACAAAAGCAUGAAUUAAAAAAUGGAGCCGCCUUAGAGUAUCAAUGCAUGCAAUUCUCAUCCUCCAGUUUCCUUGUAUCAAUUUCUGGAGUACCCGACUUUCAAAUGGUUCUUUGGAAUUAUCAAAAAAGUGAAAAACUAUCAUCCGUCGACUUUGGAACAUCUAGACCAACUAAUUUAUCGUUUGAUCCUACAAAUUGGAGACGAAUGGUUACAACAACUGAAAAGAAUAUUAAAAUGUGGACUGUUGAGCAAUGUGAUUCUGUUUAUAGGAUAUUCGAAAGAAAAUAUAUGCUUCCUGGAGUUGAUGGCUCUCUCCCUCAAGAACAUACUGAUAUAUCAAAACAGAUAUCUAGACCAGACACAUCCGCUAGUUAUGCGGCUUAUAACCCAGUUAUACAAAUGACAAGACGUACUUUAGCAGGCUUAAUUGAUGAUGAAGAUGACGACGAUUUUGAGUUAUACAUGGACGAGGUUGGAAGGGUUUUACCUAUUUCACACGUUUGGACUCCUAAAGGAGAUAUUCUGAUUGGGUGUGAAGGAGGUCAAUUAUUAGAAAUUAAUACAGAAGAUGAAAGCUUAAGAUUUCUCUAUUACCCGGAUUAUUAUAGAGAGUUUGAUGAUGAAGUAGAAGAUCCAGAAAUUGUUGCAAUUCAAAAAGAAACAUCACAGUCUUCGGAAAAUAUUGAAAGAGAGCAAACGAAAGUAACAAUAGCUGAAGGAUCAGAUCCUAUGGGUCUAAGGGACUCGUUCAAGUCUCUAAUUCUUCAUAAAAACGGUUUAUUCGCCGGCGGUAAAGAUGGUGUACUGCGACAAUUUGAAUAUGAAAAGAGAUUCAAACUCCUUAAAUCUCAACCGGUCGGAAAAAGCAUUAGCAGCUUGUCAUUUAAUACGAAAUAUGAUAAACUAAUAGUUGGAAGUGAUGAAGGAUAUAUAGGAUUAUAUCAGUUCAGUUCGGACCUAAAUAUUAGCGAAAGGUCAGAGACUAUAAUAGACCUUUCGUAUGGACAAUUUGUAGCUGUUGACGUUCUGUACGAUAACGAAACAAACACGGAUAUUUGUAUUACUGCAAGAGAAAAUGGCGAUAUACAAUCGUGGGAUAGUCUGUCUUCAUCUCUGUUAUGCACGCUUAGUUUGGGCUUGCAUAUAUCAGUUGUAUCAUCUAGUCCUCUAUCAUCCUUUGCAGCUGUUGGAACAACUUCCGGUCAUGUUUAUUUUAUAGAUGCUACAAAUCCCAAGUCGUUAAGAGUUGUUCAUUGUACAAGAUUACAUGAUGGAGGAAUAAGACAAUUGACGUUUGAUAAUACUGGAGAUUUAUUACUUUCCGGAUCAGAUGACGGAUUUGUUUAUGUUGUUAAUGCAAGACCAUCAAAAUAUUUUGAAACUAUCGGAUUUAUAGAAUAUCCUGGUAAUGUCGUUGCACUAUCGGCGUUGAAACUACAGAACGAUAGCAUUAAAGUUGCUGUCACUGUCUCGGAUAAUUCAACAGGUGGAGCUACGCGUAUUUGUCAUUUUGUAUUACCAAAUAACAUUCGAAAUAAACCAGAAGAGUAUUACCAAGACCUAAGAUGCCAAUUUGAUAGUAACAAGAUCAGCCUUUUGAAAUUCAAUUUUAAUCCUCCUAUCUAUGGAUUAGCUUUAGUAGAUCCAAAUACAAUUUUCGGUAUUGAUCAAGCGACAAAAAAACUAAUGAAAAUGAAAUUACCGGAUGAACCGCCAAAGAAGGAGAGGAGUAAAGAUUCAUAUUUGCAGGCAGUGGAAACUUAUGCCUGUCACGGUACAACGGGUGGCAGUUUGAAAUUAAGUAGUCACAACAAGUGGCUAUUAAGCUGUGCUCCGGAUGGCAGAAUAAUUGUUAGGAGUAUUGGGGCUCCAGAAAGAAUGAUUGAUCUCCAAGCUCAUGACCUUUUCACUGGAGGAUCGAAAUCUGCUGUGUUUUCCAGUGAUGGUCAUUAUCUAUUUAGUACAGGAAGGGAUGGAGUUCUAAAUUGUUUUACUUGGAGAGUCAUCGAAGGAGGAGAAGGAAGACUAGAGUCUUCGUCUGAAGAGUUAAAACGUAGACAAGGCUCUUUAGCUGGACAAAGGAAUAAGGAAAAUUCAAUUUUGUCAAAUAUACCACAAUACGAAGAAAAAUUUUCAAGGACAACUCCCCCUCCUUCAACAGCUGAGCAACUUGCUAUUGAAGAGGAAGAGAAACUUAAACAAAUUACGGAAGCUAUUGAAAAGGAUCAAAUAUUUGAAACUCCAACCCCUAAACCCGCUGCAGAUGCUACUUGGCUAGAUAGGAAAAAGUUGGAAGCUGUCAGAGUGGAGAAUAAACAGUUUGAAGAUUUAAAGAAAGAUCUUCGGUGUGAGAUACGAGAUAUCCGAAGAAAGUUGCAAGGUAUGAUGAAAGAAAAUGAAAAUGUUCCUGAUAUAGAGCAGUUAAACAGACACGAAUUCGACCUUGACGUAGAAGAACAGGAACGCUUACGCUUGGAAGGAGACGCCGAGGUUCUUAAAAUUCGUCGAGAAAAGGAGCUAGAAAAUUUAGCUAAAAUGUAUUUAGCAGAUAUCAUUAAGAAAGAAUGUUGGGAUGAUAUGAAAGUAAAAGGUCGCGGAAUUACAUCAUUCCACCUGCCUUUGGAAGUAUAUAAUUAUCCUCUUCGAGAGAGAACGGAACAAGAAUUAAAUGAGCUAAGAAUUGUUCAAGAGCAAAGAAGAAUUGAAAUUGCCGAAUAUAAGGAAAGAAAGCUACACGCUGAACACAAGCAAAGCUUAGCGUCUAUAAAUCCCCAACAAGAUGAGGAAGGUGGAGAGGACGAGGAGGAAAUUGGUGAUAAAAUGGCUAUUACAGGUUCCUCCGGAGCCGAAUAUGGAGGAGCUAGCGAAUACUUCUAUUCACAAUUUGACUUACAUAAUAGAGAGCAGAAGAUGAAUCAAAUUGUCCUUCUCAAGGAUGCCAUCUAUCGUAUAAAACAGACUUUCAAUAAAGAAUUUGAUGAAAUUUAUACUAAGAAAGAAACAGAAAUCAGUAAAAUUAAUGAAAAGAAUAAGAGAAUUAAGAAAAUAUUGAGCGAUUUAGAUUUACAUGAAGAAAUCUUUUGUCCCUCAUUUGGUCCCAUAGAGAAGCCUGAACUGCUUUUGACUGUUCAUGACGACGAAAUCAAAGUAGAAAAGUAUCUUACACCCGAACAGAGAAAGAAAAUGGAGCAGGAUAGAAAACUAGAAGAAGAGAGGAGAGCAAGAGAAAGAGCGGAUAAUUGGAGAGAAAGAGGUCUUGAUCAGAUGAUGAAUGGAGUUCUUGAAAUAAGGAAGGAAGACGAAUUAAAGAAGGACGUACCAAGACCAGCUUUCAUGGAUAAAAAAUCCGAAGACGACUGGUCGGAUGAUGAGAAGAGAAUAGCAGAAGAGUAUAAGCAAAAAGUUAUAGCGCUUAACGAAGAAAGAGAGAAAUUUCGAAAGCAAUUAGAUAUGGAAUUAAAGAAACUACAGGCCGCCACUCUAGAAAAUUCUCAGGCGUUUGACGAAACUUUGCAAAAUCUCUUUCAGAGAAAAAUCAAAACGGAGAUGGCUGUUUAUCAAGAGGAAUUAAAAAUUCAAAGAUUACGCUUAUCAAUGUUAGUUGAAGAAGAAUUAAAGCAUAGAGAAAAAGAAUUAUUAGAAUUGCUCAUGAUAAAGAAAGCUAUGCAAACUGAAACUAUCGUAGCUGUACAAGAAUCCAAGAAGAAUGUUGAGGCAUUUAAAGAAACGUUAGAAAAUUUAACCGCGGAAUCUCAAUUAUUAGAUAAGGGUUUCAAAAGAGAGUUUAAUGAUUGUACUGCUCUUCAUCUUGACUUGCUAUCAAAACUCUUUAGAAGAAGACCAAAAGGUCUAAAGGCUGUAAGAACUUCCGAUACACCUAUUUUCGACGUGAAAAGUGGAAAUCCUUAUAGUGGUAGGCCUCCUUCAGCUAGAGAUACUGAUGACAUCGAGAUCCAAGUUGCCCAGGCUAUGAUGGAAUUAGAUAAAAUGUCAAAUGCACCAGAAGGUGUGGAGAAGCCCCUUUGGGAUAGAUUCUGCAGAUAUAGAAGGUCGAAAUAUGGCAGUGAACUAAUAAUCAAAAAGAAAUCUGAAAUCUUAGCCGAAAUGAAUAAAUUUUUACAAAAAAGACAAAAAGAAGAGGACGAAACAAGGGAAGAGAUCGAUAGCAUUACUAGUGCUUUAAAUACACUUAGAGAGGAACGUAUGAGAUUCUCAUGUAAUCUCGAAGUACAAAUAGUCAUGAAGCAAGGUCAAGUUGAAGUUGAUCCUGGAAAUUUUAUACAUAAUUUUAAAGAUUCUAUAUUAGUCCACCGUUCAGUUAUCGAAGAUUUGAAUUUCAAAAUACAGACACUUGGAGAAAGUAAAAUUUCGAGCAUGGUGGAAAGUAAAGAUUUUCGUAAAGGGAUUGCUCAAUUACAAUGGGAACAUAAAAGGAUGCUUAUGCAGACAGAAGAUUUAAAGAAUAAAAUGAAAGAUAUUCAAAACCUGAAAGUUACAAGAGAAGUUCAAACGUUUCUACACUGUGCUGAUUACGACGCUAAGAAACAACAAGAAAUAGCAAUAUUGGAGGAGACUAUUAAUAAGUGUAAGAAGGUAGGUGGCAGUAACCUUUCUUGUUAAAUGAUAAAUAUCAAUCUUUGGUAUAAAAUAACCAUAAAGGAGCACGAGAGACAUUCUGAGGAGAAAAAGAAGAUACUUAAGGAAUUAAGGAAGGCUGCUAUAAAUAAACGGCAGGAAAAUCAAAAUAUGAUUAUUGAUCUUGAAGAAAUGAAUGUGGGAUUGAAUGAAAGGCGUAACAUUCACGAAGUAAAUGCUGACAAGACCGUUGCGGCUGGAGCUCAAAAGAGAUACAAGGCUAUCGUUCAGAGACGAAAAUUAGUCGAUCUGGCAAAGGCCCAAGCCCAAGAAGUUGCCCUCCUACGCGCGGAAGUUGAAAGGUUAAGAAUGAAAACCUUUCCAGCUCUCGUACAAGUUGAACAUUAAAAAUUAUUAUUAUUAUUAUAUGUAUACUUUUAUCGUUUUUUCAUAAAAACAUAAAGAAUGUCCGUCCACUUCUUCAAAUUUAAUUAACAAUACAUCCUAUUCCUAUUUAAUAAAAUUGUCCCUAUUUAUAAUUUCA